UUUCUCUGAGGGAAGGCGGGGAAAAUGGCGGCCUGGGGAGCGUGACACCCCCUCCCCACUGCCGGCUGUCGCUGCCGCCUGUGGCGGGCGGGUCACGGCCCUUCCCCGGGCCCUUGUGGGCGGAGGUGGCCGGUCCUGUGGAGUUAUGAGGAUUGGUGAGGGAAGAGCUUGCUUUCAAUGAAAUAUUUAUCAAGUGUUGAGGAACAAAUCAGGAAACCCAGCCAAAAGCUAAUGUCAUCAGAACCGCCAAGAGAAAGUCCAGAGGUGCCAACAGAAAACACCAUGUCUCCUGAAGUUCCUGAUGUGGAAGGAAAGGUGAAGUCAAGUGACAGUCCAGUAGAGAGACAGGAGGCAGGCUCAGACAAGGAAGAAUGCCUUGAGCCCAUGUCCAAGAGGCAAAGGAAGAAGCUGUUGAAGCAGAAACAGUGGGAAGAACAGAAAGAUCUACGGAGGCAGAAACGAAAAGAAAAACGCCAGAAGAGAAAACUAGAACGUCAGUCAAAAUCGGACUCCAGUAGUGAAGUGAAUGACAGAAAGCGUAUGCGAAGGGAAGUUGUUCCUAGUACACUUCGCCUCAUUGUGGACUGCAGCUUUGAUGACCUGAUGGUGCUAAAGGAUGUUAAGAAGCUUCACAAGCAAAUUCAGAGAUGUUAUGCAGAAAACCGCAAAGCAUUUCAUCCUGUGCAGUUUUACUUGACCAGCCAUGGGGGACAGUUGAAGAGCAACAUGAAUGAAAAUGACAAAGGAUGGGUGAACUGGAAGGAUAUCCAAAUUAGAACUGAGCACUAUAGUGAGUUAAUAAAGAAGGAAGACCUAGUAUAUCUUACGUCAGAUUCCCCGGACAUUCUCAGUGAGCUUGAUGAGAAGAAAGCCUAUGUGAUUGGAGGACUGGUGGAUCACAAUCACCACAAGGGAAUUACUUACAAAAAAGCUGUAGAGCAGGGAAUUGGUCAUGCACAGCUUCCACUUGGAAACUUUGUCAAGAUGAACAGUCGGAAAGUGUUAGCUGUCAAUCAUGUGUUUGAGAUCAUCCUUGCAUACCUGGAGAAGAGAGACUGGAAGGAGGCCUUUUUCAGUGUCUUGCCACAGCGGAAAGGGGCUGUUCCUUUGGGAGAAGCCAAUGAUUCGUCCAAACAUGCUCUGUCUGGAAAAGAAGAUAAAGACAAUGACUCAGAGAGCAACUAGGCUUCAGAAUGAGACGAUGGGAAAGAUGAGACAUGCAGUUCAUGGGAUAAAACUGGGACGUGAAGUAGUUACACUCCAAAGACCGUCUGCUGCCCUUGUGAUACUGAAUUGUCUCAAUGCUUGGUAGUUCCAUAGUUGGCCCAGAGUUGUUUCUGGACAUGAAGGGUAAAGAUAAAUGCAGUUUUUUUACCCUGAAACUUCCCUAUUAAUAGCUUUUAAAAAAAAUAAAUUAAUGGCAAAUGCAGAAUUUUAUUUUGUUUCCCAAGGAAGCUAUUUAAUUUUUUUUUUUUUAUAUUUUUUUUUACAUACCAAGUAGGGUGUAUUACCCAAGAGCAUUAGUAGUUACUAUUUUAAAGUACGCAUUAUUCUCCAUUUCUGCUCUAAGUUUUCUUAAAAGCAGUGAAUGACAAGCGUUGCUGUGGCCUCAAAACCUGUACCACUAGUGCCUGUUGCAAAGUGUGUGUGAACACUCAAACAAACAAAAAUUCUAAUUUUCCUGAGCAUCUCAACAGACAAUCACAAGCAACUGAACUGCCUUUAUCAGCUGAGCCACACUGAUUUAUAUACUGUGUUUAGUUAGCUGAGGUCAGUAGGUGAAAUACGAGUGUGGAGUUAAGCCAAUGCUUUAUACUUCAGCUUCAGUGGGAUGGAUGUCUGCACAAGUGCAAAUCAUGUGCCUUGGUUGGCAUGUGGUGCAUGUUGAGCUGAGAUGACACAAUCACUUUUGAUUACUUCUUGAUCCUCUUAGCAAAAUUUAUCACACAUCCUCAGAACAAUACCAGGAGACAGGAACUCUUUCAUACAUGUCACUUAUUCAGUUUCAGUAUACCUGUUUUAUCACAUGAUCCUGUACGUAUUGUUUGUCAGUAUUCUUCCUUUAAAAAAAAAAUGUUAUAGUCUCAGUCUUGGCUGGAUGUUCUGAUUCAACUUAUUUCUAACUGACUUAAGUGCUUUUGCAAAGUACUGAAAUGGACACCUUGGAAAUGUGGCUUCACUUCACCCCUGUGAGCCUGCCCCAUCCCUUUCUUCUGUAGGGACUAGGCAGGCAGCUGCAGUUUCUGAAUGAGUACAGCUUUCAUAUAGGUCAGCUGAAGGGUGUAAGAACACAUCCUCGUAACUGUUCAUCUCUGCUGAGCUGGAAUCAGAGAGCUGAUCCAAGUAUGACUUGGCUUGUAUCCGUUUUUAUUCCUCCCUCUGUUGUUACUGCUUUCACAUGGAGACUAGAAGUGGGAUUCCUAUAGGUCCCUAUGGUCUGUAAAGGGUUGGCUGGUUAUGGCUUUAUACGCUUAGUGCACUUCUCUCUAUACUUUUUAAAUAACCAUAGAAAAGUUUCUUCUGUUAAAAGUGUGGAAUGUGGUUUGUUGCUCAAGUAAUGUGGCUUUUUUUGUUAGGCUUUACAAAAAUGUGAUUGCUUUUGUUCCAGAAACUAGAUCAGCUUUUUC